AUGUCAGCUUACGUAGACUUCUCGACUGUGUUCAGUUUUGAUCAUAGAGGUCAGUAUGUAAAACUUUCUCCUGAUCGGACGAAAGCUCGUCGACAAGUUGGCUUUUGUGACGGUGUAGUUAUUUCUCAAAGCUUUAUUCGUCCUGGCGAACUCGUAGCUGUUGAAAUUACGGAAACACAACGAGGCUGGAGUGGUGAUUUGAGGGUUGGAUUUACUUUAUUACCAGACCAGUUGCUCUUGCCCCUACCCAGAUUCGCUUUGCCAGCAUUAGUUUCUCAAGGUAGAAGUUGGAUUGUUCCAGUUGGAACUGCUGUGGCUCUUCUCUUGUCUCAUCAUCAUCAGACGUACUGGAAACGACAACAGCUGAAGUGUAGCCGUCAGUUGAAUAGAUCUAGUAUCAAUCCCCUUACAUUCUUCGAUUCAUUUAAUAUGUUCUGUGGUAGACAAACCGAUAUACCCAAUAUGAAUCCGAUAAACGGUACUAUCAGCAAUCCUAGUUUAUUGGGAGUUAAUUCUCAUGUGGAUAAACAAUCAGUUCACUUACAAGUUAUGCGUUCCUAUGUUUGUACUUGCUGCCUACACACUAAACGUGGUAGAGUACCACUGAGUCAACUGGUGCCACAUGAGUUAGAACUAACACUACCUCAGAUGUUGAAAAAGGUUUCUCAUUGUAUUUCUCCUAAUUACAGAAUUCGAGAGAAAACUGUUGUUAUAGUAGGCAUUGGAGGUGUUGGAUCAGUGACUGCAGAAAUGCUUGUGCGGUGUGGAAUUGGACGUUUAAUUUUAUUUGAUUAUGAUAAAGUUGAACUGGCUAACAUGAACCGAUUAUUCUUCCAGCCUCAUCAAUCUGGUCUCAGUAAAGUUGCUGCUGCUGCGUCUACCUUAAAUUUCAUUAAUCCAGAUGUGCAGAUUGAAGCCCAUAACUACAAUAUAACCUUAGUGGAGAAUUUCGAUCACUUUCUUAAUCGACUCAAGCAUGGUGGUUUAAAGUCUGGAAGUCCUGUAGACUUAGUGUUAAGUUGUGUUGACAAUUUUGAAGCUCGUAUGACGAUCAAUAAAGCGUGCAAUCUACUUGGUCAGGUAUGGUAUGAAUCUGGUGUCAGCGAAGAUGCUGUUAGCUGUCAUAUCCAGUUGAUGUAUCCUGGAAGAACUCCAUGUUUUGAAUGUUUACCACCACUGAUUGUAGCUAGUGGAUUGGAUGAGAAGACGUUAAAACGUGAAGGUGUCUGCGCAGCAUCACUGCCUACUACUAUGGCUCUAGUUUCUUCACUGCUAGUUCAAAAUACUUUAAAAUAUCUUCUGAAAUUCGGAGAAGUUUCCAGUUAUUUAGGUUACGGAGCGGCUAAAGAUUCGUUCUAUCGUGUUGAUCUGAAGGUGAAUCCAGAUUGUGCUGAUCACUGGUGUAAUAAGCGUCAAACUGAGUGGCGUAGUUAUUUACAACGAAUGAAUUUUUCGCCUAAUUCACCUUGGGAUAUUGAAGAACGCAUAAAAGCAGAUAAACUUAAACAAGAAAAACUCCAAGAAGCUCUGUUGAAAUUGAGACAUGAAGAAAACGAUUUUGGUAUCGAGUUGGAAUCAGAAUCAUCUACAGAAUCUUCAAACGAUAAAAUUGGUUUAUUCACUUCGAGUUCUGAAGUGAAUGGUGUAAAAACACUAUAUCCUGUUAAGGACAGAAAACUGGAUGCGGAUUCUCAGAAUGCAUCAGGCUCUUUUGUCUCACAAACAGAUGAUAGUCUCGAGGCGCUUAUGGCAAAAAUGAAGCAAUUGUGAUCAUUCUUUUUACGUUUUUGGUAAUGCAAGUUUUCUUUCUUUCCAAUUUGCUGUCUUAUUGGAUACAUCUCUAUUUUAAGUACGAUGAUAUGUGAUAUUUCUAUAUUUUCUUCAUCCCUCCUCACUUUUUGUCUGCAAGUUAUUCCUUCGAUAAUGGGCUAUAUUUUAUAUACUACAAGGUAACUAUGAUUCUGGAUGUUGUUCUAAUAAAAAGUGAAUAAAAUUGGGCUAGAA